AUGGCUGCCGAGGCGCGGGGCCCCCCCGGGGGGAGCCGCCCGGCCUCCGCGCCCGGCCUCGGCCUCGGCCUCCCGGGGGGCUCCGCCGGGGGCCGCCCCUGGGCCGGCGGCGGCAGCAGCAGCAGCAGCAGCAGCAGGGGGCAGCUGGGCCGGCUGUGCCGGCGCGGGGCGGCGCUGCCCGGGGAGAAAUGGAGCUCUUACUGUUUGUCUUCACUGGCAGCUCAUAACGUUUGUACCAGCAAAAUCAGUAACUCUUGGGCUCAGUUGGACUCUUCCUCUCUCUCCAAUUCCAUCAGAAGUUCUGCUUCUAACUCCUUUUUGCAUCCUCUCGCUGUGGAGGAAUCCAGCCAGCACCUCCCGGCUGCCGCACGCAAUCCAAACAAGGCCAUCUUCACCGUGGAUACCAACACAACAGAGAUUCUAGUGGCUAAUGACAAAGCCUGCAAGCUGCUUGGGUACAGUAGUCAAGAGCUCAUUGGCCAAAAGCUAUCCCGCUUCAUAUCCAAAUGCAGUCAAGAGAUAUGGGAAGCUGUGGGCGAGGAGUCCUUAGAAACUGAUGAAUGUUCGUCGGUGUUUUCAGGAACUGUGGUGGAUGUCAUAGGCCGUCUCAAACAGAAGAUCCCUGUCUCAGUCUGGCUGAGGCGAAUAAAAAGCAAGGACAACAAGUGUUGUGUGGUUCUGCUGGAGCCAGUGGAAAGACUUUCAGCCUUCGUCUCCUUCAGGGUUGAUGGAGAGAUUACAUCAUGCGACCUUCUUUUUGCCCAUCUCCAUGGCUACCCAACAUUGGAAGAAGUAGUUGGGCUCCAUAUAAAGGACCUGGUUCCUUCUGUGCAGAUCCCUCUUCUAGGCAAAAAAAUUCCAAAGAACCUCAGGAUCCAGAGAGCUGUAGGUCGAUCCAGAGAGGGUAACACAUUUCCUCUCAGUUUAAAGCUGCAAGUUAGCCUUCUGGAGGAGGACCAAACAGCAGUGCAGAACAGCGGUGUUCUACAGACAGAAAAAGACUCUUUCGUAGACUGUCAUUACUCUGCUACAGUUGAAGUGUUAUCCACCAUCAGUGGCCUUAUUACUGUGCAGUCAGAUGGAACCAUUCAUUGCAUCAAGGACAGUUUUGCUUUAACACUGUUUGGCUAUGAGAAGAACGAACUGCUGGGAAAGAACAUAACGUUCCUGAUCCCUGGUUUCUAUAACAACAUGGAAAGAAGCAAUGACUGUUCCUUGCCAUUACCUCCUCUUGACGACUCUAUGGGGACAGAGAGUGAGUGCCUCUUUGAAGAUGUUACUGCCUGCCAUACAGGUGGUUCUAGCUGCUGUAACAAAGGCAGCAGCUUUGUGGCUGCAUCUUUAGCCAGCCCUCUGUCAAGAGAUAAAGAGAAGAAAUUAGAAAGAAGAGACAAAGAAGACAGAUUACUUCAUGGUGAGACUAAGCAAAAGAAUGGGAGCAGUUUCUCAUCUACUCCCUCAUCUCCCGAAGUGGCAUCCAUGCCCUAUGAUAGGAUAUCACUAAUAACUUUGAAUCCUUACGGUGAAGACAGCAUUGUCGCUGAUGGUCCGUCAGCCCGCUGUGAAGAGCCUUCUCCUGAAACCUGGCCUGACAGAAUCAGAGCAGUGGAACAAUGCGGAGUGGUGGAAAAAGCAGGAUUGUAUAAUUCUCAGAAAACAUGCCAUUCAAGGAUCUCUCCCACGUCAUCUGCUUCAGAACAGCUGGAUUCACGUCAGAACAUAAAGACUCCGGUAAGAAGCAGCCACAGCGCAGCAUCCGGUGCCUCUGAGACUGGAAGUGCUGGUGAGAGUAGUAUUUUGCCUAGUCCGUUACAAGUUCAUCAUCAGGACCUGAAGGAAUUAAAUUGUCAGCAGGUCUCUAGGUUACCAUGUGCAGUGCUGGAGGAUCAGCACUCCACCGAUGCUCAGGGACAAUCUUCCUCAGCAAACAUCGGCUCAUCUACUGUUUCUUGUAGCCCAGAAGACAAGCUAGAUACUGCAUCCCAUGGCGUGGACAAGCCUUCCGGUUUUGCUUGUAACUCAUCCAGAACACCAAAAAUAAAUGAGCCAUGGUCUGGGACAACACCAGACUUUCAAAGCCAUGGGGCUAGAGGACAGUUGUCAAAAACAAGCUUGAUAUGUGAUGCAAAACUUUCCAAUGCUGAUCGCACUGUCGUUGAAAGCUGCCUGCUAAAUGAUGCUUCAUCAUUUUCCUUUGCAAAUGGAAGAAAUAGUAUCCAUGAUGUUCACUCAGGAAAUAAAAUGGGUUGCACUGCUCCUGCAUUGGGAGUUACCACAGGACACGCAGAUGUUAAAGAAUCAGAUGCUGAGCUGAGCUGUAUUUGCUCUGGUCUUGAGGAGCUGGAUCUGAAUAUUGGCGUCAAGGGGAACUCAGCCAAUUGUUUAGGUGCUACUACAGAUCCUGGAGUGUCUUCCUCUAAUGCACUGGGCUCAGCUGUAGGCAAUAUGCUAACUCAGAACAGUGCUUUUUCAACUGGGCAAGAAAAGCAGCUAUUGAAUGGUGUUGCCAUAGAAGGUGGUUCUGGGUGGCUGGCCUACCUACAGCAUUUGGAAAACUCUGAAGGAUCCUCCAAAGUAUUUCUUGAUAAGCCUGAAACUUUUGUGGAGGCUGUGGGGGAUAACGUCAACAGAAACCCACUGAAAAGUGAAGGAAAUCCUGAAGAAGACUGUCUAUUGCAUGGGCUGGAAAAUACAGAGAUAAAAGUAACAUCUACCCCUGUGAAACAAGAAGGAAGACUGAAUCCAGCACCUCCUUUGAAUGCAGAGAUUCUGGAAGGCAGCUACACUGGGAAUUGCUGUCACAGAGAUGGUUCACAGUUAAGUAUACUCUUUGAAGUAAAACGUGUAGAACUGCAGGACCCUGCCAUACUUUUCUGUGUCUGGGUGGUGAAAGACCUUCUACAGAGCCGGAAAGAAGCAGUAGCAAAGACUCAGCUUUUGCUCUCCAGCCUAGCAAGCUCUACCCAGUCCAUUGCAGAUCUUUCAACGCACAGCCUUGGAGAAGCCAUCAGAUCAACUUCACUCUUUGAGAAUUCCCGAAGAGCGGAAGAGCUUGAAAGACUGAGGGCAUGUGAGGGAGAAUAUGCAAAAAAAUACGACACUCUCAAUCUUAUAGGCAAAGGAUCUUUUGGCUUUGUCUGGACUGCCAGGGACAAGAAGGAUCACCAGGAGGUUGUUGUGAAGUUCAUCUGGAAGGAGAGGGUGCUUGAAGACUGCUGGGUAGAUGAUCCUGACGUGGGGAGAGUUACUCAAGAAAUCUCAAUCCUGUUGAAGCUGCAGCACCCGAGUAUCAUUAAGGUGCUGGAUGUGUUGGAAAAUGAACACUUCUUCCAGCUGGUGAUGGAGAAGCAUGGAUCUGGUCUGGAUCUCUUUACAUUCAUUGAUAAUCAGCCUGAUUUGGAUGAGCCAUUAGCAAGCUAUCUAUUCAGGCAGAUUGUGUCAGCUGUUGGGUAUCUCCACUGUAGGAACAUCCUUCACAGAGAUAUCAAGGAUGAAAACAUUGUCAUUGCUGAAGAUUUCACAAUUAAAUUAGUGGACUUUGGUUCGGCUGCCUACCUGGAACCCGGCAAGCUGUUUUACACCUUCUGUGGGACAAUUGAAUACUGCUCACCAGAAGUGCUCUCCGGCCAAGCGUAUCACGGCCCUGAGUUGGAGAUGUGGUCGCUUGGUGUCACCCUUUAUACCCUAAUAUUUGGAGAGAAUCCCUUCUGUGAGCUGGAGGAGGCCAUGGCAGCUGUCCUGAAUCCUCCUCAGCUUGUGUCAAAAGAUCUCAUGAAUCUGAUUGCUGGGCUUUUGCAUCCUGUUCCAGAGCAGCGCAUGACUCUAGCCAUGUUAGUAGAGGAUCCUUGGCUGAAGCAGCCUGUCAACCUGGGUAGUUAUACCUGGGAAGAGGUAUACUCUGCUGAGGCAGAAAGCAGUCGACUGAGAAAUGGUUCUGGUGAGUGUGUGCAAGGAGACGGACUUCCAGCUCCUUGUUUGGAAUGUGAGCCGUGCUUGAAUGCUUCCAACUGUGUACAUGCAGAUCCCCACUCAGAAGGAGCAGCGGCUGCGGAGUGCCACGGCUUGGGUCUGGGGUAUCGCUGCAGUCUCCCUCUGCAGAAGCCCCUGCCUGUGGAACGAUAGCUCCCUUACUGCAGUGCAUAUGCUGUCACUCAGGAGGCAAUGGGAAUUAAUUUUAAGCACUUCUCUCUUGUAGAAAGAUGAUCCCUCACAUAAAAAUUGAAAUUCUUGGGAAAUCCUGAGAGCAAUAGCUGGGAUUUGCUAUGAGAGAGGCUUGUGAUAUGAACCACCUUCUGUAGUCUGAUGGGGCAGUCUUUGACAUCAGGAUGAUUAUUCUUGUCCAGACUGUAGCAGGCAGGAGCUGUUGGUCUUACCCCAGUCCCUUCUGUUCUACCCCAGAAGUGGUUAGAUGCACACAAAGCACGCUUGCUGCAAAUACUUGUAUUCACAUUGGCAAAUUACUCAGCAGUGAGUUCUGAUCACCUGUUACACUGACUUUUGAUGUACUCCACAGUCCAAGAUCUGGCCUUGUUUUUGCUUUUUGCCUCACCGAGGAGCUGGCAGCACUCUGAUGGAGCAGAGACAUCCUGAAAGGAUCUUGCACAGUCAGUAGGGAAUUCGAUGUCAAGCCCAGGCAGUGCUGGGGCUGUUGGAAAGGAGCAUUUCUGCAGUGGUACAGAGCUGCUAACAGGCGGAAGUAACAGUGCUUGCCCUGGGGAUGUUACUGGUGCUGUGAGGGGAGUGCUGAGGCAAGAAAAGCUUCUAGUUAAUAAAUGGGAUUAUGUUUGUACAUAGGCUGGGCUUUAAAGCAGUAAGAGAAAGAUGUUGCUUGUUUUGUUUUAAUUGUUUAUAACUCAGAAUGUAUUUUUAUUGGCUGUUUUUACUUUUUAUACGUAGUUUCACUUUCUGAAUAAUGAAUGAAUAAACACCUUAGUUUUGUUGGUUGAUUGCC